GCACACUAAACUAUUUCUCUUGCUUUUCAAUUUAUGAAAUCAAUAAAUAAAAAAAGGCUAAGAUCUUGAUUUUGAUUGGUGCGAGAUCUAAAUACACGCUCUUUUUCCUUUUCCUUUUUCAAUUCCAUAUGUGGGAAAGUAGGAAGGAAGCUUGCCCAUUUGUUUCUUUUAUGUCUAGAUCGAGAUCACCCCUGCCAGAUUGUGCCUCCUUCCAUGGCCAAAUCUCACCUCAAAGAAGAAGACGAAGUUGUUACAGAAAGACCACACGCUUACAGUUUUGUCUGCUGUUACUCCUACUUCUUCACCUCCAUACUUUUGUUUUCCUCACUCUCUACUUUCUCCGAGGCUUCUCGCUCCAUCCCAACCACCACCACCAGGUCCACCACCCUCCUUUCUCUCUCCUUCUCUUCCUCUCUCUCCUCCACCAACCCACCGUCAACCUCCCCUUUAAAACCAUCUUCCCCCGUUGACACUUCCAAAACCCUGAUCACAUCUCUCACAAUCUCCGCCGCCGCUGCCUUCCUCAUUGUUUCAGUCAUGGUGGUAAUUAGAUGUUUCGGAUUCAGAUCAAAACGCAAGCAAAAUCGAAUCGACGUCGAGAAGGAGGACCAUAUUGAAGAAAGUGGGGAGUUUAGCGUGAAGAAAUUGAGGUGGGAUUGGAUAGAGAGAUCUACUGAUGGCUUCUCCAAGGUGAUUGGAACUGGAGGGUUCAGCAAUGUGUACUUGGCGCGAAACCCGGACCCUAAUUCCAGUGAUGGGUUCUGUGCGAUUAAGGUCCACAACGGCAGCGAGCGGCUGAGCCGGGUUUUUAAGCAAGAACUCGAUAUUCUCCUCCGCCUUGAGCACCGCCACAUCGUCAAGCUUCUUGGCUACUCCGACAACCAAGAGGAGGGUGCUCUGGUUUUCGAGUACGUCGCCAACGGAAAUCUCCAAGAGAAGCUCCACGGCGGAGACGCCACCUCAGCGCUGCCAUGGAAGAACCGAAUGGCAAUCGCCUUCCAAAUCGCACAAGCAUUAGAAUACCUCCACGAGAAAUGCGCCCUCCAAAUCGUUCACAAGGACAUCAAAGCCUCAAAUAUCUUGCUCGACGAAAAUCUCAACUGCAAGCUCUGCGAUUUCGGGUCGGCGAAGAUGGGGUUUUCCUCGACGGUCCAACCGCCGUCGUCGAUGAGAAAUCACGUCUUGACGAUGAUGGGCUCGCCGGGUUACACGGACCCGCACUACCUCCGAACAGGAAUCGCUUCGAAGAAAAACGACGUAUACAGCUUCGGCGUUUUGAUCUUGGAGCUCGUGACCGGAAUGGAGGCAUUUUGCUCCGAAAAAGGGCAGUUCUUGACGACGUUGGUGGGGCCCAGGUUGAGGUACGGCGGUUGUGACGCAGCGGAGGUGGCCGAGUUGGUGGACCCGCGGUUGGGCGCUGCGGGGUUUGACGUCGAAGAGGCCAAGACCAUGCUUGGCAUUUCGGCAACGUGCUUGCGUCAGUCACCGACACUGAGGCCUUCGGCUACUCAAGUAUUGGAGACCAUUCGGGAGAAAGUUUCGUCUGUUUCGUUUCUACAGUCAGUGUCUGAUGACAUGCCAAAGAAAUUGUAUACUAGUUGAUUGCUUGAUUGAUCCCAGCCGUUGAUUUGGACGACCUUGUUGAGUUGAUUGUAUAAAAAAAGAUGUAAAAGAAAGCUGGUUUAAUAA